AACCUUUCUUGCUUAUGAUUCUACAAAUUACUAUAAUCCCUCAUCGUUUCACCCAGAUUUGUGCUUUCAUUGAUGCAAAGGUCAAAUGGGUUAGAGAUCCAUACCUUGAUUUUGCAGUUCAAAGAGAGAAAAACCUCAAACAAGUAAUUUCCCUUAAGAAUAUAAUAAUUUCGAGUCCUUUAACAUCUGUUCCACUUUCUUCUGUCUUUUUGCUUAAUCAGAACCUCAAAGUUCCCACUACCACCAUCUCCAAGUUCUUCGAGUUAUACCCUUAUGUUUUCAUCCAAUUCCAGCCUAGUCUUGGACUCCAUCCUCAUGUCAAAAUCACCUCACAAGCUUUACUUCUCCACAAGGAAGAAUCAACCAUUCAUAACUCUCGACUGCAUAGAGAUGAUGUUGUGAAGAGGUUAGCAAAACUAUUGAUGCUCAUAGGGGUUGGAAAAUUUCCCCUAUAUGUUAUUGAGAGGUUGCAAUGGGAUUUGGGUUUACCCUAUAGGUUCAUUCCAACCCUUCUUGCUGGUUAUCCUGAAUAUUUUCAAGUUUGUAGUGUAGACUGUUUAACAGGUGAACAAACUCUUGCAUUAGAGCUACUUUCUUGGAGGAAAGACCUUGCAGUCUCUGAAUUGAAGAAAAGGGAAUCUCUGGAAGGAAAUUUUGGGAGAAGGAAAAUAAAUCAUAUUCCAUUUCCAAUGAGUUUCCCGAGGGGUUUUGAUUUGCAAAAGAAAGUGAUGAAUUGGGUGGAGGAGUGGCAGGAUUUGCCUUACAUUUCGCCCUAUGAAAAUGCAUUCCAUCUAGCACCAAAUACGGACCAAGCUGAGAAAUGGGUUGUGGCUGUUCUCCAUGAGUUGCUUUAUCUUACGAUCUCGAAGAAAACCGAAAAGGAGAACAUCUUCUGCUUGGGAGACUAUUUGGGGUUUGGUUAUAGGUUUAAGAAAGCCAUAGUUCAUCACCCAGGUAUAUUUUAUGUCUCAAACAAGAUUAGAACACAAACUGUAGUUCUUCGGGAGGCUUAUAGAAAGAUUUUUUUGGUAGAGAAGCACCCUUUGAUGGGGAUGAGGCAUCGGUACCUUCACCUUAUGAACAAAGUUAUAAGGAAACCUAGACCAGAUGUCAUAUUAGCUUCUUCCAGAGGUAAAAGUAGCAAUAUUGCAUUGGCCAAUAAAGAAGUUUAAAUGAAAGAUUUUGUUGUCCUUUUUCAUUCAUCGGUCUUGAGGAAUACUAUGCUGUCUCAUAACAGUGCAUUUCAUGAGUGAAAACAGUAUUAAAGCCUUCAUGAUCAGACAUGACUCUGGCAGUUGAAUUGUUUUUUCUUAAGAGCUUGGUGACAUCUUGGUAGAGCAUCAGAGAAAUUUUGUUAGUUAAAUUGUGUUUAGGUUAGCGUUAAUUGACUUGUAUUCUCCCUUUUGAGGUAGAAGGUUCAAUAAAGGGUAGUGAAUAGUUUGACAUAACAAUUGUUUGUAAUAAAUUGCUUCCGUUGAAUUGUGUAAGUUGUAAAAGUUCAUAUUUCUUAAGUUUU